AUGAUGUACCAAAAUAAUAUUAUUAAUUAAUGUUAAAAGAUUGACCAUCAUUAUCAAAAGAAGAAUUAUCAAUUCAAAUUAUUUUUAGAUCAUUUAGAUCUUUCAAAAGAAACUAAGAAAAUAGAUUCCAAUAAAAAUAUCAAUAUUAAUCAAUAUUGUUAAUAAAAAAUAUAAUUGAUUUAACAAAUUGAACCUGUUAAAUUUAAAUUUGAAUUAAUUAAUCGUAUAAAACAAGAUAGAUGUUUUUCCUUUACUUUUUCUAUAGAUUCUUCAGUUAUGGUAGUUGGAUAAAAUAGUAUGAUCAAGGUAUUUGAAUUUAAGGAUGGAAAUCUAAAAGAAACAUUAUAAUUAACUGAACAUAAGGAUUAUGUGAGAUGUCUAUAUUUUAUGAAGAAGACACUAUAAUUUGUAUCUGGUUGCAAUGAUAAUUUUAUCAUGAUUUGGUCAUGGGUUAAUAAAUACGUUGAUAUUGUGAAUAAAAGUUAGAAGGACAUACAGAUUAUAUUAGAGGAGGGUUAAUAAUGA